UAUCAUCUGCUCCCAUCAGAUGACGAUUUUCAGUUGCGCGUGUUUCAAUUGUGAAAGGGAAUCCAGGUUUUGGCUCAUUGCAAUUCGAACUGUCGUUGAUGAGGAAACGAAAGUGAAAUGAAAGUGCAUCAACAAGACAAGGGGACAGGCAAUAUGGCCACUGGCAAACAUGUUUUAGUCUCGACUGAGGAUUUAACCUGCUCCAUCUGCCUGUCUCUGUUUGUGGAGCCGGUGCAAUUGGGCUGCGGGCACAUCUUUUGUAAAUCCUGCAUCCAGAAAUGCUGGGAAAAACAGGGGGAAGUGGUGUCGUGCCCGGAAUGUCGCGCAGUUUCCCAGCAGAAUAGUUAUGAGAAGGCCAGGGUGUUGGCUAAUCUCUGUGAGAACGCUCGGAAGCUGGAGUUGAACCCGGGUGGGGAGGAUAAGAGGGCCUCGCACUGUACGGAACACGACGAGAAGCUGAAACUGUUCUGCGAGGACGACCAGGCUCUGAUCUGUGUCAUUUGUCGCGAAUCCCCCGCUCAUUCAGGCCACAGCUUCCUGCCUGUGGCAGAUGCCGUGAAAAAGAUGAAGGUCCAGCUGCAAUCCUCCUUGGAUUCCAUGGAGGACAGAAAGGAAAAGAAAAAUGAAUUGAAGCGUCAGCAGGAGGAGAAGAUUUCAGAACUAGAUAAACUCGGAGGAUCCCUGGAGCAACACAUCUCUGAAAUAUUUGCCAAAAUUCAGCAAUAUCUUGAAGACAAAAAGGCACUCUUAAUCAGAGAACUUCAAAAGCAACAGGAAGAAGAUUUUAAAUUAAUGGACAGAAGUUUGAUAAUAAUUAAAAAAGAAUUAGAAACACUUGAAGAGGAUGUAUCGAAACUUCAAGCUGUCAUUCACCAGGAAGACAGUAUCACUUUUCUCAAGGAAAUGAAAGGUUUGCCAGGGAGAUGCCUUGGGAGUGAAGAAAGUGAAAGUCAACAAGAGAGAAGUGAUGAUGUUGGGGAAGAUGAUGACAAAAGUGAAGGUGACGACAACGAUGAAAAUGAUAACAACGAUGGAAAUGAAGACGAUGAAAAUGAUGAUGAUGAUGAAAAUGACGAUGCUGAUGAAAAUGACGACGAUGAAAGUGACGGCGAUGAAAAUGACGAUGACGAUGAAAAUGAUGACAACGAUGAUGAUGAUGAAAAUGAGGGAAGCGGUGAAAGAAGCGAAUGUAUAUCAGAAGAAAAUGGAGAAGAUGUGGUGGAAUUCAGUGAGCUGAUACUGGGAAUGUUCAGGGGACCUUUACAGUAUGCAAUAUGGAAGGAAAUGAAACAAAUCCUCUCUCCAGCUCCAGCUCCACUGCUGUUUGACCCAAGCACAGCACAUUCUCAGCUGAUCGUGUCUGAAGACCAGAUGAGCAUAGAGCCCAAUGGCAUGUACGGUUUGGAGCAUCUUUAUGUCCUGGGAUCAGAAGGAUUUACAUUUGGCAAACACUACUGGGAGGUGGUAGUGGGAGACAUCUCUGACUGGCUUAUUGGUGUGGCCACUGAGUCAGCCACUGAAGAGGAAAUGAUAGAUCCUCUCCCUGAACAUGGCUAUUGGACUCUGCUAUUGAGAAAUGGAAAUGAAUAUGAGGCUGAUGGUACUCUUGAACUGAGUGUGAAACCCAGGACCAUUGGCAUUUAUCUGGAUUAUGAGGGAGGACAGGUGUCAUUUUACAAUGCUGAUGAUAUGUCUCAUCUCUUGACUUACACUGACACAUUCACUGAAACACUCUUUCCGUAUUUUGCUCUUCAAUGUAACGAUAAUGUUGAAAACAAUGAGCCUCUCAGGAUGCGCCAUUUACUAAUAUGAGACAUUAAACUAUAGAGGUUGAUGAGCAUGGAAGAGAAAUAAACACCUAGAUUUUCCACUGAAUUAGACACUUGUUAUUCCAAUGAAGUUGCAAGUUGCAUAUGGGAACACCACACAGUCCGCAUUGUAACACACUUUGAAGGAAUUUCCUGGGAAAAUUGAAUUUUCUCUUUGGCAAUUCCUCUAUGACAGGAACCCUCCAAAAGUCUCAAUUUGGGUCUCUGUUGAACUGAUGAAAUUAAAUAAAGUAGGGACUUAGGAAAUGUUAGACUAUUAAAUAUGUUGUCUAACUCUGAGGAAUUAUUCAUCAGAAACCAAAUUUAACUAAGAUAUUACAACUACACCACCCCCAGACUCAACAUUCCCUACCCCCUCACCACUAAAAUCUAGCUCCCACUGGACCUGACCUCUUCCUCCACCCCCUUGCCAGAUCCCCUCCAACGCCUGCAGACCUUUCUUGUUUCACAACCCCCUGGACUUGAACUCCACAAAUUUAUGCUAUCUACCCUGCCCAGCCCCUUUCAGACCUGAUUUCCCCACUGGUACUGAGCUACCCUGAAGAUGGCAUCCCUUACCUUGCACCCUGGCAACUCUACCCCCUACUGAUCUGAUAUCACAUCCCUUCCAACUUACUUCAUGUAAAACUUACCUGACACCCUACGAACAUGGCACUGCAGUCCCAAGUCAUCUGGCAUUCUACUCUUGACAUGAUACACCAUCUCCAGCUGGCACCUGGCACCCUUUCCGUCGUACCCAUCUGAUUCCCUAUCCUCCCUGCACCCUAACAUCACACUUACGACAGCAGACUGCUGUGCCUUCUUCUGACUACUGUGCCUAUGAUCGAACUGUCAGAAAGGAAGCAGAGCCCUGCAUUUCUGAGGAUGUCGUCAGCAGAAUCUUCUUUCAGAAAUCUGGAGCUCCCUCUUUCAUUAAAAAAUAUAGAAGGAGUGGAGUGGCAUUCUGCGUGAGAUUGCCAUCCCUUGGAAAAUCUAAAUCUUAGUUCUCUUGCUGCAACUUCUAUAAUCUUACAAUAAAGCAGGGAAUUAGAAACACCAGCAUGUGCCUACUGUGUUCCAUUCAGCGAGAAUGACACAGAUUGAUAACACAUGGAAGAACACCAUUGGGUUAAAUCUGUAUAGAUCAUUUUCAGUACGUAGUUUGUAAAACAGCCCUGAUGUCUGCUAAAAUUUUACUUCUACUUAUUUCUCAAUAUU